GAUGGCGGCAGCGGCGGCGGCGGCGGCGGCCGAGCAGCAAAGUUCCAAUGGUCCCGUAAAGAAGUCCAUGCGUGAGAAGGCUGUCGAGAGGAGGAACGUUAAUAAGGAGCACAACAGUAAUUUUAAAGCCGGAUAUAUUCCAAUUGAUGAAGAUCGCCUCCACAAAACGGGCCUGAGAGGGAGAAAGGGCAAUUUAGCCAUCUGUGUCAUCAUCCUCUUGUUCAUCCUGGCCGUCAUCAAUUUAAUUAUAACGCUUGUUAUCUGGGCGGUGAUCCGCAUCGGACCGAAUGGCUGUGACAGCAUGGAGUUCCAUGAAAGUGGCCUGCUGCGGUUUAAGCAAGUAUCUGACAUGGGAGUUAUACAUCCUCUUUACAAGAGCACAGUAGGAGGAAGGCGAAAUGAAAAUUUGGUCAUUACUGGCAACAACCAGCCUAUUGUUUUUCAGCAAGGGACGACGAAGCUCAGUGUAGAAAAGAACAAAACUUCUAUAACGAGUGACAUUGGUAUGCAGUUUUUUGACCCGAGGACUCAGAAUAUCUUAUUCAGCACAGACUAUGAAACUCAUGAGUUUCACUUGCCAAGUGGAGUGAAAAGUUUGAAUGUUCAAAAAGCAUCUACUGAAAGGAUUACAAGCAAUGCUACCAGUGACUUAAAUAUAAAAGUUGAUGGUCGUGCUAUUGUGCGUGGAAAUGAAGGUGUAUUCAUUAUGGGCAAAACCAUUGAAUUUCACAUGGGUGGUAAUAUGGAGUUAAAGGCAGAGAACAGCAUCAUCCUAAAUGGGACUGUGAUGGUUAGCACAACUCGCCUACCUAGUUCCUCCAGUGGAGACCAGUUCGGUUCUGGCGACUGGGUGCGCUACAAGCUCUGUAUGUGUGCGGACGGAACUCUCUUCAAAGUACAAGUAACAGGCCAGAACAUGGGCUGCCAGAUCUCAGACAAUCCCUGUGGAAACACUCACUAGAGGAACCCGAGAGGCCACCAAUAUGUUCAUAUCUUGACUUGACGUUUUUUUAAGACUGUGCAUGCAAAUCACGUUUUCAGAGAGUUUGCGGUAACUCUUAUUUUAUGUCAGAGCACUACUGUAUCUAUCAUAUGACCUCCAUAUUGAAAAGAUUCUCGGAGAGCCUAAAUAUUAACACAUUUCAUUAAGUUGCACUGAUCUUCAAAUGACAGUCUCUGAAAUAAUUAUCAGAAGUGAAUAAAAGCAAAGUUAAUCUCUAAAGAAGUGUUUUUAAAAAUCCACUGUUCCUUGUCUAAAGGAUAAAGGGCUGAAUCAACUGUUUAGACUACUCACUAUAAGUAAGCUGUUGGUAACUAAUGGAGAUACACCCACUUAAGGUGUUUGAAAGGGACACUGUUCAUAAAUGUUACAUGCUCUGUCUUUUGGCUUCAAGAGAAAAGACAGAUUUUUGGUGCAUUAAUUUUCAGCUGUCUUCUCCAUGCAAGUGAAGUCAUUAAAGAACUUCACACAUGUGACCUGGCAUGAAACUGUGGUUCCUUAGUUUUGCACUAGGAUGAGAAUACUCUGUAAUAGAAUGUUUACUUGUUAAAUAUUGAUAAGUAUGACGUGUUCACAGUGUGGUAGAAAUUGAAACACCACCUCAGCUUUAACUAGCAAACGAUGCUAGCUGUCAUCUGCUGCACAUCUUACACAUCCGCGGCACUGUCCCCGGCAUCAUGUGUGUGAAAUCUCUAAUUUUCACCACAGCUCUGCAUGUAAGUGUUACCCUUCCAGUUUUACCGAUUAGGAAACUGAGGAUCAGAACAUUUAAGAAAUGUCACAUAGGAAAGAACAGGGUUGGGAUUGGAAUUCAUAUGUGAUUCAAACCUAAAUGCGCCUGCUUCCAACUCCUGUGUUCUUUUCACUAUCUGCACUGAAGUCUUAAUUAUUUAAAACUCUAGAAAAAUGAAUGAAGACUAACUCAAACUUAACCUAAGCAGAUAAGAAUCAACAAAACAGUCAUGCUUAUUCUGGCUUAAAAAGAAAUAAAAUGGCCAAACAGCUAUCAGGUUUUAAACUCGCUUAAGCCAAUUACAAAACGUUGUACUAUAGAGAAAUCAGGUUAGCAUAGGGAUGGAUUACCCCAGUGUCCUAAGCCUUGACAUUUUGGGGUCCCUGAAUUGGGGAAAAGGGUUGCUAAGAUACUUAGACCCUCCGCCCUCAGGGCAGUGCAGUGAACUGGGAGAGGCCGCGGACCCAGGCAAGCCCUGGUGGCUGGGAUGGCUGGGAAGCUUACCCCAGCGUGCCAUAUAAGUAGUACCCUUGACAGUGUGCACCGGGCCUUGAACAAAGUUGGGGGGCACUGGAGUAAAGGGUGCUGAUACAGGAAAUAACUUUUAACUAAUUUUUGAGUAAGUAUGAGACUUGAUCUCUACUCAUUAUUACAGUCCCAUUGUAAUGUUCUGCAACCCUCAAGCCAGUUGAUUCUUAAGGUAUGUUAUAUUUGACUUAAAAGGAACUCUCUGGUAUUCAUCGCACACACAACAUCAGGGACAGAGCUUUCAAAAACAGUUUGCUGUAAAAUAAGCAGUAGAGGUGAAGCAGAACCCCCACUCUGCAUUCAAGUACAACAGUAUUCGGUCAUGGUUGCUUUGAACUAUGUAGACAAGAAAAUCAAUACAAAAAACAAUUUGCAUUCAGUAUAAUCCAGUUCUCUCCGGCAGGACAACCAAAUGCCUUAGAGAUUAUGACUAGUCAUUAAAGUAUGUAAGAUAGAUUGACUUACUAUGUAAUACCGAGUGCAGUUUUUAAAUGAAGGGAAACAAUUGAACUUUAUGACCUGAGUGUUACUGUUAUGAUAUUCAAAUCUUAUUUGAAUAUAUUCAGUGUCAUUUAAUAUUUGAGUGAUACUCAGAAAAAUCUAUUGGAAUUUUCAUUCAGAUGCUCAGUGUAUUUUUCAUUUUACAUUCUUGACAGUUUUGUUUAGGUUUUGAAAGUUUCUUUAAAUAUUUUUACAAAAACCACAAACACUACGUUACGUAGUAUUAUUUAUUGACUAUAAUUCAUGAAAUAAUCUAUUUUUAUUCCUCUUUGAGAAAUACUUGUGUUUUUGAUACAUCUCCAUUAAGUGCUUUUGAUGAGAGGAUAUUUUAAUGUUUUUAUAAAAGUGAUUGUUAAGGCAACAGGUGUCAUAUUUUUAGGACAUUUUGCAGGUGACCCUUGCCUUUUCAUUGAGACGUAGACUGGAAAACUCACCGGAAAGGAAAUCAAGAACAAACCGUCCGUUUUACCUGUGCUCUAUCGUGCAUAAUGGGCACAGCUUUAGCUACUCAUUCUCACCACCAGAUGGAAUUUUCCUAUAAACCGAAAUGUUAGCUCUGUGCUCUCUGCUGGUUGUACCUCCCCUGCACUGAGCACUGAUGUGACAGGCAGCCGAGCGGACCCGGUAGAGAGACAAAGACGGGCCCCCACGUGAGGGGGUGGUUCCAGGCUUGUUUCACCACUGUACUGCGGAGACAGGUUACGGUGACAACAGGGACAGAUGAAGUGAAAGCAAAGUACUUCAGAAACCGGCCAAGGGGCCGAGAGGAAAAUGCAAAACGACACAACCGGUGACUGCCUAGAUAUGGUUGGCAGGAUUUAAAAUUAAACUUACUUGUAUUCUUUUUGCAUUUGAAAAAGCAAAUUUUGUGUGAUAGUUUUAAUGAUGAAAGGUGGACGUUCUACCUAGUUUUGAAUGAAUGCUUUUUAAGAGGGUGAGACUGUUACGGUGCUAACCUUGACAAAAAUGAAACCAUUGAAAUGCUGAUCAUUUUAGUAGUCUUUUAAACAGUGUUGAGGGGGCAAAGACUUCAAAUUAUGCCGUACACAGGUAAGUCUGUUCUGUUUUGGAUUGCUAACCUGAGUUUCAGCUAAUUCAGUUUGUAAUAACUAUUAACGAUCUCUGUGUACAAUAAAGAUUCUGUACAUUGUU